CCACCCUCCCCCCCAAACGAUCAGGCGGCUUCAAGACCCGUGCUUUUGAGUCGGGUCAGCAAGGAAGGAGGUCCCAUACCUGCAGACACAGGAACUAGAGUCCACCCAGGAUGACAACUGUUAAUGACAACAUGGAGGCCCAGAAUGAGGAACCUCAGCUGUCUAAACCCUCGGAUUCCAAAACCAUGGUUGUUACUACCUCAGCUUUCCAGUUCUUAGUGCCCGAGAUGUUGCCUACUGAGGAAGUACCUGAGGAGAACCAGACUUUGGACCCUCUGUCAACAUACCUUUGGUCCGAAGGAGAGAAUGAAGACACAUUGGAGACCCUAGACAAAGACGAGCAGAAAGACGAAACCCCCCAUGACCGACCAUACUGGACCAAUAAAACUGAGUACUUCCUGGCCCAGGUGGGCUUCUCUGUCGGGAUGAGCACCAUCUGGCGCUUUCCUUAUCUGUGUUUUCACAAUGGAGGUGGCAGUUUUCUCUUCAUCUACAUCCUCAUGCUGUUCUUGGUGGGGGUUCCUCUCCUGUUCCUGGAGAUGGCAGCUGGUCAGAGGAUGCGGCAGGGCAGCAUCGGCGUGUGGAAGGCCAUCAGCCCCUGGAUUGGAGGUUUAGGGUAUACCAGCUUCAUGGUGUGCAUCAUCGUGGGCUUGUACUACAGUGUGCUCCUGGCCUGGAAUUUCUUCUAUUUGGUCCAGUCUUUCCAGUCUCCACUGCCUUGGUUAUUGUGCCCCAUAGCCAACAACCUCAGUGCUUAUGAUCCCGAGUGUGCACGGACCACACCCGCUACCUACUUCUGGUACCGGAAGGUACUGAAGGCCACAGAUGAAAUCGAGAUGGGUGGGUUGCCAAUCCUGCAUCUCAGUGUCUCUCUCUUUGUGAUCUGGUUAAUUAUCUGCAUCUCCAUGAUCAAAGGGCUCAAGUCCACUGGGAAGAUGCUGUAUGUCUCAGUACUCCUCCCCUACGUCAUCCUUUUCUGUCUUCUUAUCCAAAGUCUGAAGAUGAAAGGUGCAAAUUUUGGUCUCAAGAAUUUGUUGGCUGCCAAGGUGAGGCAGCUGCCACCCUUUAUUUCUCUUAUUCAAAUGGGGGCGUCAAGGGCCGGUAGGUUGUUUGUCUGCCAGUGGCCCUCCCAGCUCCCUCCUUCACUCCCUUGUCCGUGUAUAUCCCUCCUUUUCUAUGCUAGUUUGCUUCUCCUCCUCAGGUGCCAGCUGUACUCUGUGGAAGUGUGGCGCCGAACAGGGAGCCAGCUCUUUUUGUCCCUGGGCCCCGGCUUUGGCAGCUUCACAGCAAUCAGCUCAUACAUCCCUCGGUCCAAUGACUGUGUCAUUGAUGCCUUUGCUGUGGCUUUUCUCAACUUGGUUGCCUCGGUGACUAUCACAGUGUUUGUAUCUGCCACCUUGGGCCACUUGGCCACAAAGGACAACGAACUCUGUUACAUGAUACGCUCAUCAGACAUUUAUAAAAUGUCUAUCUGCCAGCCCUGUAAUUCUACCUCUGUCCCCAGGAAUAUUAUGACAUUGAUAAACAUGGUCGAUGCUGAGAUGAUCCCCCCUGAGGCCAAGCCCCCAAAGAAUGUGUAUCAAGAUCCAAGCUCUCUCUACCCCUCAUGGCUCAACAGCCUCCCUGAACACAUCAAAAUCUCUAUCCUGCCCUAUUUGGUGGAGUGUGACUUAUCUGAGCAAUUGAAUAAGGCAGGUAAAGGUUGGGGAUGGGACCCUAGCGUUAUGGUGGGUCCAGGCGUGGCCAUCGUGGCAUUUAGUAACAUCAUCACUGUGUUUUCUGGAUCCACCUUCUGGGCCAUCGUUAUCUUCACGUUGCUGGUGAACCUGGGGCUGAGCACCAUGGUAGGGAUCAUACAAGGCAUCAUUACCCCUCUCCAGGAUACUUUCUCUUCCCUGAGGGAAUAUUCAAAGCUGCUCCCAGUGAGCGUCUGUGUGCCUAUGUUCCUGGGAAGCCUCCUUUUUGUGAGGCCCUCCGGCUCCUACUACGUGAACCUGCUGGAUGAUUACUGGGCAUCUCUGGCCCUCUUCUUCAUUGUCAUCUUGGAGUCCGUGGCCAUGGCCUGGAUCUAUGGGGCCAGGAGGUUCCUUGCAGACCUGAGUAUCAUGCUGGGCCGCCCCAUCUCACCCAUCUAUCGUUGGCUGUGGUGUUUUCUGUCUCCAUUUGUGCUGCUAGUCCUGUUCUUAAGCACCCUGAUUCACCUGUCUGUAAAGAAGAUCACCUACUUCGCCUGGGACUCAAGAAUUUCAGAUGAAGUGACUCGAGCUUAUCCAUCAUGGGCUAAAGUCUUGCUUACAGUCCUCAUCCUGGUCACCAUCCUGCCUGUCCCUGCCUACUUCUUCCACACCAUCGUCAGGCAGCUGUCUUCUGCCACCGUGAUCCACAGUAUGACCACGGUAGUCUUCAAACCCGAAGCCAAAGGAGGUUCACCAAAGGGACUUCCACGGCUUCAAGUGAGGCAAAGCCUGAAGAAGAUGAAUAAAAUGGAUAAAUAACCAGGGUAAAAACUUUCUACCAUGUGAGUAAUUCCUCUUGGAAAUAAAAGACUUGGUUCUUUUGGCACAACUGUUCUUUAUCAAAGCAGAAACUCCCUGGCUGGCAACUUGACAUUGGAAGAGGUAAACGUAGCAACUGCUAAAGUAACUGGACACAGAGAGCUUUUGUUUUCCUGGACUGGGGAAGUUUUUCUGGCCUGAUAGAGAUGAACAUAGCAGCCAUUCCCUACAUGUCCCACCCUUCCCCCACCAAACAUGCAGUAAUGCUGCUUGACUUCCAGUAUUUGGUUACUGGCGGCUGCUGAUCCUUCUUCUCCCAGGCUACCUUCCCCUGGGACUCGGUCUGUGCAAGAUCUGGUCCCUGCGAAACUAGAGUAAAAGCGGUGCUGGUAAAUGAA